AUGUGGGAGGCACGACGGCCGGCCAGGGCCUGCAGCACAGCACGUCCGAAUCCACCGCCAGGGUCUGGCAGCAUGGAAAUUACCCUCUUCAACUUAUCAGAGUUCCUCUUUGAUGAAUCCAUUCCUCAAAGUUUUGGCUGGCUGAGCUCUCUCACUGACUGAUUUCAGUCAAUCGCUUCACCAAUAUACUUAUUGUUAAUUAAUUAUUCAUGUCAAGUAAAUGUAAUGUAAUUUCUAGUUAUGGAGGACUAUCUGAAUGACAUACCUGUUUGGGCCAAUACUACGGUGCCG